UUGACCUUGGCAACGCCAUUUUGACUACUUCAGCGACAGCUAUCUCCUACAUGUAGAUCUCCAUGCCUUAGGAAACGAUUAAGAUACACAAUGGGAAAAUGAGUACAGACGUGAUGUAUCAGUCACCGCCUCGCCUGGAAGCUUGGGCUGGACAAUCUUUACCUCCCAGUGGCCUCAGAAGUAAAACACCUUCACCCAAAGGCAGCAGGAAACUUGACAGACCUAAAUCCAGUCCAAGCCAUCUAAAAGUAACAUUCAGUCCAUCAGUGUCUCCAGAGCCUCCUCAACCAGCUAGACCUACAACAGCUGCUGGAGCCAUCUCAGGAUACGAAUGUGACCGCCUGUAUCAAGUAGAACAUGAAGCAACAAGGAAACACAAGUUUGAGAAUCACUUUGGACCCAAAAAAGGGAAACCGCCCCCUUGGCAAAAAAAUCUGGAUACACCCAUGGUUCCCUAUUCAACAGGACCUGGUUAUACCAUGUCAAAGAGUAAAAAUAAACUGGCAGUUACAUUGAAAAUGGAUGACUUCUUUAAUCCUAGACCAGAAGAAAAACAGGCACAAAAGAAAACUGCAAUCCUGCAGGAUUCACAUAGAGAGGAAUUUGUCAGGCAGCUUCAGCAGCAAAUAGAAGAUCUGACUUUAUAUUUAGAGGAAGAACGCCUAAACCACAGACAUACCAAAGAUAAGGCAGCUCAAAAUCUUCAGACAAAAGUCAAGGACAUGAACCAGGAGCAGGAGGAACAUGUGAGGGAAUUAGAAGCAGAACACCAGGAGCAGAUGAAGAGAAUGAAAGCAAGCUUUGACAUCACUAUGGCAGAGUACAAAAGUUCAACUGAAGCUACAAUAUCUCGAAUGAAAGGAGAAAUAGAAUUCCUGCAUGGUUCAUUUGAGUCCUUUAAAAGCUCCCUCACUCAAGAAAUGAACACCAAGUGGAAGAGAAAAGAAGAGGAAAUAGAGUACAAACACAAAGAGAAUAUCCAGAGUCAUGUUCAUGAAAUGAAACUGAAGAUGAUUCAGGAAAAGAAUGCAGAAAAAGCCACACUUACCAAAGAAUUCCAAAAACAGUUAUCUACUCUUCAAAAGGAACACAAAAAAGAACUGGAUGUAAGAUUUCUUAACAUUGCUCAAAUUCAUUAA